UAUAUGAUAUUUGAUUUUGGUUAAUCCCAUAAUACUCAUUAAAGAUUAUGACCAUUAUACAUGGAUAUUAUCCUACUAUUUAACAAAACUAAUUGAUGUGAAUCAUGUGAUAUAUAUUCCAUUCACAUAUAUUCCAUUCACAUUCACAUCAACAUAUAUAUUCUCCCUUGCAUCCUAAGCUAAGUUUCUAUUAAUAUUCCACCUUUCUUUCACUUCUAUAUUCUUCUUGUAAUCUUCAUGCUCUCCAAUUUUGCAUCUACUACUAAACAAGAAAAUGAACAGUCAUAGAGAAAUUCCAGUUUCUGAUGGAACAAUUACUAGUAAAGGCUUGCACAACAAUAGCAACAAUCCUUAUGUUCAUCUUUCACCUGCUAACCUUUCUUCUGCAGCUGCCAACCGUCCUAAUCCAAUGGAUAAAGUAAGUGGUGCAUUAAAUAAUUGUAGUAGGAAGGUUGAAGAAGCAACUAGACAUGCUGAGAGUAUGGUUGAUGGUAUUUGGAAUCAUGUAAGAAUGAGUUCUAGUCCAGCUGAUGCUGCAAUGGCUAGACUAGUUCAAGGAACAAAAGUGCUUACAAAUGGAGGGUCUGAUAAGCUAUUUCAACAGACAUUUGGGAUUUUUCCAGGAGAGAAACUAUUAAAGCAAUAUGUUUGUUACAUAUCAACAACAAACUCUGGACCUGUAAUUGGAACACUUUAUAUAACAACUAAAAGGUUGGCAUUUUGCAGUGAUUAUCCAAUCUGUCAUUAUCCAUUCUCACUGCAGCAUCAAUGCUUGUACUAUAAGGUGGUAGUGCAGCUGGAUCAGUUGUGGACAGUUAGUCCUUCAACAAAUAGACUUAACUCAAAAGAAAAAUACAUCCAGAUUCUCACAGUGGAUGGUUAUGAGUUCUUGUUUAUGGGAUUUGUGUCAUAUGACAAGGCUCUUAAAUCUCUGAAUGAGGUUCAACACCAAUAUGGCAACCAUUCCACUGGAAACAUUAAUGGUCGCCUGUUGUGACAAGCCUGAAAGUUCAUAUGGAUGUUCAUGGCCAUGGCCAUGGACACACCCUUCAAUGUAUCUUCACAUAGUCAACUCCAAAAGACACAAAAAUGAAAUAAAAGGAAUGUAUUGUAUUGUUUUUACUUUAAAAUAAAAAGUGCUGCAUUUGGAAUUUUCUAUGGAAACCAAGUAAACUACUUUAUAUUGUAAGAAAUGUAAUUGAAUACAGUUGGUGUUGGUUACUACACCUUCAGCUUGUUAGUUCUGUUUUUCUGUAAUGAAAUCACAAGUUUAUAAAUAAUUUCAUUGCAUUA